AUGUUGAAGCCAAGCUGGUCGAUUCUAACGCUGAUUACAGGUUUUGUAGUAUGGUACUGGCUGACAGGAAAACCUAAAAACAACGAAAGCUUUCGUAAAAAGAAUGUGAUCAUAACUGGCGCUUCGACGGGUAUCGGCGAACAAAUUGCGUACAGAUUUUGUGAGCAAGGCGCCAAUGUUUUGAUUACAGCAAGACGAGAAUUGGCUCUGAAAACCGUCGUCAGAAAAUGUUAUGAAUUAGGCGGUGGAUCAAGUGCAUACAUUGUCGCCGAUUUACAGAAUGAUAAUGGUUCCAGGGCUCUCUAUGAUGAGUCUUUGCGUCAUUUUAAAACAGUGGACGUUCUGGUACUUAACCACGUUUUUUAUGAAAUUAAAAAUUGGCAACAUGACAGAAAGUUUGAUGAAAUACAGAAAGUAUUUAACAUUAACGUUAUAAGUUAUAUACAGCUUACAACAUUGUUCUUACCCAGUCUCCAAGCAUCAUCAGGACGAGUUGUAGUGAUAUCAUCUGGCAUGGGAGUUCUAACCUAUCCUUAUUUUGCAUUAUAUUGCUCAAACAAACACGCACUGCACGGUUUUUUCAACGCUCUUCGACAAGACUUUGCAAUGGAUCCAGAACGAAUAAAUAUGACGAUAACAAUAAGCGUUCUAGGUGCAAUCGCUACAGAGAAUGCAAUGAAAGCAUCUCCUAACAAUCCUAUAGCUGGUAGUAACGGCUGGUAUCGUUUCAGUGCUGUCGACGCUUCAGUGGCUAUCCUGGAGGGAUCGUUAUAUCGUGAAAGACAAAUUUACUUUCCUAGUUCUAUGAAAUUACACGAGUUUUUCAGCGUGAAUUUCCCUGUGUUCACAGAAUGGCUCAUAAGAUAUGCGUACGGUCUUAAGUCGUAAAUAUUUAUCAUUAAUACUAAAGAAAAUUGCUCGAUGGAGAUCGUACGAAAGAAAAAUUAACAAAUUUCGACGUAAACACAACAUGAUACUUUGCCUACAACAUAAACAUAUCGCAGUAGGAUCUUAGCAAAUAGAUUAUUUAAAAUUUUAAAACGAAAAACUUCAGAACAGGACUUGAAACUGUCUAUGUCAUAUAUAACUUGAAUGUACAAUAACACAUGUAUACUACGAUAUAUAUACGUUUUCUUGUCAUUUUACUAUCCAAUUCCACCACCAACUUUCAUCAACCGUCACCAUCAACAUCGAGUGACAUUAAACUGGAGUGCGAAGGAGCUGUUUAAACAAAGAAAAUAAAUGUCUUUGAGAAAGAAAUAUUUUCUCUGUUAAACAGAAUUUGAAUCAUCAAAAUGUCUACAUAAAAAAACGUCAAAAUGAAUUAUUCAUUUUUUUGAUUUUUACAUACUUUGAAUUUCGGAAACGGCCUCACCACAUAACUUUCUUAAUUCAAUCCAGCUAAACAUAAUGCUGGUCACGAUGCUACGAAUAUCUAAGAAGGCACCAACUAAAUCUACAACCUAGCUACAGUGAACUAAGACAUCUACAUUAGUAAAGAUAUUCUUACAUUUAGAAACUAUAUCUUCAACCGACUUACAGUGAUCUAAGAUAUGCAAUUCUUUCACUAAUUAACGAUCAAAACAUGUAAUGAUGUAAUGAAGAUAUUUACUGGUUGUUGAUGUGUUGGAGUUGUAGACAUACUCCUUAAAGGAAUGUGAUAGUCAUUUUCACAAAAGAUUCUGUCAUUCAUGAGAUAAACUCGAUCUCCUGUGGCAGGCCUCUGUCGGCAUACACAACAUGUAAAACAUUGUAUAUGGCAGAAUUUGUCUCGCAACUUCAUUACCAUCUCUCCAGGAGGUAUUACCUCAGAACAAACAGCGCAUGCGCUACCAGAACCGUAUAACCUAAGAAAGACGGGGGAAAAUAGGGAAAUUAGCAAAUUUACAUUGAAAUCGAGACUCAACAACGUGAAAUUUCGUUCCGAUGUAUCUGCUGCAGUAAAUGUUGAGAUCUACCACAAAAAUGAUGUAUCUACUGCAGUAAAUGUUAAGUAAAUAAUAAAGACCUUUUCACGCAAAAAUUAUUAAGAUGAUAGUUGAAAUAAAAAUUCCAUUCCAACACCAAA